AUGGCGCCACUCCUGCCCAUGGCCUCGCCGUCGCCGGCUUUCGACGACGGCUUCCUCCCCCGUUCUGACCGGGGUCUGCCCAUCAUGCUCCGGCGGUUGACAAAGUUCAAGACCAUGGACUUUGAGCUCGCGUUCUGGCAGCUGACGUACCUCGUCGUCGCGCCACGAAGGGUAUACAAACAGACAUAUCACCACAAGCAGACGAAGAACCUCUGGGCACGAGACGACCCGGCGAUGUUGAUCUUAAUCGCAGCGUGCUGUGUCGUCACGGCAUCUGUGUGGGGGUUCAUGUACGACUACGGGACAGCCGGCACGAUCUGGCUCAUUCUGAAGAUGGUCUUCCGCGAUUUCAUCAUCGUCUCGCUGGUGGUAGCGCUGGUGUUCUGGCUCAUCGCUAACCGCCUCAUGGUGUUGGCUACCGCACACUCGGGGAUCACGGACAACCGUGUCGAGUUCACGUACGCUUUCGACGUCGCUGUCAACUCGUUCUUCCCAGCCUUCCUCACGCUCUACGUUGGGCUCCUCCCGCUCGCUGCCCUCGUGGUGAAGAAUAACUGGGUCUGCCUCCUCCUAGGCAACACACUCUUCCUAAUCGCUGGCUUCCAGUACAUCUACAUCACGUACCUCGGGUACGCUGCGCUGCCGUUUGUAGCGAGGAGUGAGCUCUUCCUCGCUCCACUCCUCCCGCUCUUCGGAGGAUACCUCCUGAGUCUGCUGGGGUUCAAUGUUGUGCGCACAGUGCUUGAACUGUACUUUGGCGAGCCGUGGCAUACCUAG